AUGCCAAUUUCCAGAAAUCAAAGUGUCAAGACUUAUGCAUGCUUUGUGAUAUUGCUAGUUGAAUCAGGCACGGCAGCAUGGUGCAUAUGCUGUCAGCCCUCGGACAAAACUGUGGUUGCUUUGGUGGCACGCCAAGAUACACCCCUCUCCCACAUCUGA